UGAAUCCAUAACAAAAACAAAAAGAGAAAACCCUAAAACCUAAACCCUUUUCCAGUUGCUGUUCUCUGUAGCAGUGCAGCCACAAUGAGAUUGGAGAAGUGUUGGUUUUGUUCCUCAACCGUAUAUCCUGGUCAUGGAAUCCAGUUCGUUCGUAAUGAUGCCAAGAUUUUUCGAUUUUGUAGGUCUAAAUGCCAUAAGAACUUUAAAAUGAAGAGGAACCCUCGUAAGGUCAAAUGGACCAAGGCAUAUCGAAGAGUGCAUGGAAAGGAUAUGACUCAGGAUUCAACGUUUGAAUUCGAGAGGAAGCGGAACAAACCUGAGAGAUAUGACAGGAACCUUGCUGAGAAUGUGCUUAAGGCCAUUCCUAAGAUUGAUAAAAUCAGGGUCACCAGAGAGGAGAGACACCAUAAGAAUAGGAUGAAGGGAAACAAGGUGAAGGUGCAGAGGGAGGCUACGAAGGAGUUGGAGCAGGGUAUCAGGAUCCGUCUCUCACUUUACCAAAGAUCAAAGUCACGGUUUCCCAACAGCAAUCACAGCAGAAUCGACCUAUGGAAGAGUGAUUCGUUUGGCAAUGCUCGCCUUAUUUUGUUCCGGUUUGAUAUUUGCGGCCGGAUUAGUGGCCUUCUGAGGUCCAAAUUACUAGUGUUAGUUUACUUGAGAGAUGAUUCAUGUCAUGUUGUGAAUGUUAUGGUUUUGAAAGAGAGUUUUGGGGUGAGCUUUUUGUAAUGUAAACAUUGAAUGUGAUACAUUGUGAGACAUAGUUAUAUAAAGCAUAUCAGAAUGGUGUGUCUGCUUGGGCAUAGCAUAUAUUCAAUCCAAGUUAAGAUUUAAGA